AUCGGAAUUCCAUCGCAACCUUCAACCACCACCCCUCGACACCCCACCAACACACCGCAACAAUGUCAAUGUUCCGAGCCAAAAAGCUGGAUCUCGGCUCCUUCGUCAAUGUCAAAGUGAUUCGCGACCACACCAAGCGGAAGGUCUUUGCAGAGAAUGAACCUGAGAGGUACCUACACCACCACCUCACAUCCCUUCUCCUCUCCUCAUGACCAAUGGAGCCUCUAUACCAAUUGAUGCUAUUUUGUUCCAGACAAGCCCUUCGAUACAUCAUCCGCAACCUGGCGCUGCCCCAGCGGACCCGAGUCCAGGCGCAAUUGCAAUUAGCACAGAUGCACUGCUACACGCGCCCAACGCAAAUCAGAAACCGGUGUAUAGAAGGUGGAAAAGGACGUGGUGUGCUGAGGGAUUUUAAGAUGACGAGGGUAUGUUCUUCAGGCUUGGGCUACCGAGUAGAGAGGGAGGAGGAGAGGGGAGCAAUGUGCUGACUAGACCACAGUAUAAUUUCCGAUUGAAUGCUCUGGCGGGGAAGUUACCGGGUGUGAAGAAGGCCAGUUGGUAG